CUUCUUCAACUUCCCAACUAUGGAAGAAGUUUUAUUUACAUUCACGUGCAGUCGGCAAAAAUAUCAAUUACUCCGUGGUAAUUAAUUAAAAAAUAUUAAUUUGUAAAUAAAUUUCUCAGAAAAAUAUAUUAAAAAUGCAGAGAUUAGAAAAAUUGUGUAAUCAAAUUCGUAAAACAAACAGUGUUGCAUCGUGUCCAACAUUCGCACGAUAUUUAUGUACAGAAAAAUCAAACGACCAAGAAGUGAGAGAAUCAUUAGAAAAAUCAAGUUUAUUGGCAGAUUCAAUUGAAAAUCAACUAAGAGGAUUUGCAAAAUCAGUGGAAAAAUAUAAAACAAUAACGGAGAAAAAAGUUGUCAAGGGAAAGAGUUUUGUAACUCUUCUACGUAAUUCGAAACUUAUGGAUCUUGGCGAUCCAAACGGAAGAGUCGUGAAAGGAAAAGUCAUACACGUUGUUGAGAACGAUUUACACAUCGAUUUCGGAUGGAAAUUUAAUUGUGUUUGUAAACGACCUGCACUACACGCAAGCGAUUAUGUAAGAGGCUCGAUUGUACGUUUAAAGAUAAAAGAACUUGAAUUAUCGACAAGAUUCUUAGGCUCAACGAAAGAUUUGACUAUUCUCGAAGCAGAUUGCAUUCUCCUCGGUCUUCUCUGGUCACCAUUGAGAACCAAAACAUACAGAGUUUAGCAAAAUAAAUGUAAAUACUUUUUAUAGGGAUUUUAAUAAAAAUUAUUUAUAAAAAUAA